GGCACGGGUUGUGUGGCAGACUUCCUCCCACUACUAGGCUGUUCCUGGUUCCCCUUGAACCCAGGCCUGUUUGCUCUGAUGGCAGGGGGAGGGGGGUUCCUGACUAGUGGUGGAGGGUCAAUGGGGAUAGCUGGCGUUGGGGAGGGUGUGGAGGUGUUGCGAGGCGAGAGCUCGUCCACUGGCGGCGGGGGAGCUGGGAGAAGGAAGAGGAAGCGAUGCGGGGAGUGUGUGCCGUGUCGACGUACAGGGAACUGUGAAGAGUGCAGCGCCUGCCGCAACCGUAAGACUGGACACCAGAUCUGCAAGUACAGGAAGUGUGAGCAGCUGAAGAAAAAGGCAGCCACCGGGUUCGAGAAGAUGGUGUUUCCAUCAGGAGCAGCAUUUCCAUGGCUACAAUAGGAUUCCGUCUAUUUGGAAUGUGAUCAUGAACAUUGGCACUCUGGACCUACAAAAGAAAGUCAAUUCAGCUGGCCUUGUUGGAUUGGCUUGGAGAGUACAGAACCUUCGACAAUCAGAAGUAUGAAGAUGAAAACCCAAUGAAAGAAAAGAUAAGUCACACCAAUAGAUUUAGAUAUUGUCGGGCCAACAGGAAGCAUCUCAUGAAGCACAGAGUAUUGUAUAUGAAUAGAAAAUGUUAUUCCUUUUUAUAUUCCAUUUUUGGAACAUUUUGUCAUCGAAGCUUCUGACCUGGAUGUUUCCGUAAAAGCCAAACCAAGAAGGACAGACUGGUCAUAAUAUGAUGUUUAUGUUUGUUUUUCUAUUCAUGCCACAGUUGAUAAAGAAUGAGUAGUAGAUGUACUUAGGUCAUGAUUAGUGUCUAGUUCUUACAUCUCUACGGUCUGCCUUCUGAAUAAAGACAAGGAAACUGCC